GCAAGUUUUACAGAAGAAAAGAGACAAUGUCACGAAGGAGUCUAACGAGUUCAAAGGCGAAUAUGGACGCUAUAUGGCAACAAUGUCCAAGAAGGUCACUGAAGGGAAAGCGGAGCAUACCAGGUUAACAGAGCGUGGGACUCAACUGCAAAAAGACUUGAAGAAGGACGAAGCGGACAUUAUCAGUAAACAGAAACAGCUCAAGAAAGCAAAACACGAUUACACUUCACUUCAAAAGCAGCUCAAGACUCAGCUUAAAGCUCUUCAAGAAAGUAUUGAUAAGUUGAAGAAAGAGAGGGACAAGAAAAAAGAUAUAAUUCAGGACAAAACCCCAAUCUUCAAAGAUCUCGAGGUUCAGUUUAAAGAAAGGACACACGAGUUUGACACGACAAAGAAGAACAUAGUCGACCUAAAAAACAAAAAAGCUAGUCUGGAGACAUCUGUUCAAAGGGCUCAAAGGGACGUGGACAAGUUAGCAGAACCACAGACUCGUUUACACGGGAAGCUGAGGGAGAGACGGGUAGAGGCCUUGGAACAACUCAAGAACCAAUCAGAGGGUACGCUACACGAGCGCUGGAGAGAGGACUUCAACCUUGAUAAAAUUUAUGCUGAACGAGAUUCUCUGAUGUUGGAGGACAUUGAAAGACUUCAAGAGGAAACUAGCGUGAGAGAAGAAAGGAUUGAUGAAAUCCAUCAACAACUCGAAGAGCAGCUGUCGGUCUUGUCUCACUUCAUUGAUGGAGUGGCAAACUUAAGACCUAAAGACACUGCGCAAUCAGAGCGUAAAUCAGAAGGCGGGAAAAAGAUAAAACCAGGAAAACCGCUCCACGGAUCUCCGCCACUGUCACCGAAGCCCCCACCCAAAUCACCGACACGGCGAAAAUCUACCAGUGACGUCAGUGCACCUGCUGAAAGCGAUUUAUAAAGCAGAGGAGAUGCCUUGAUGUGUGUGUCGAGAUAGCAUUUUAUUUUGCUGUCAUUAAGGGGGUUAUUUAUCCUGAAAGCUUUUGUAAAUAAAGGUAUCUAUUAAAUAUGGAA